GUAUAACUUGUGUCCAUCGACUAUUGUUACUUUGUAAAAAUGCUUCUACAAACUCUUGCUAUUGGCACAGUUGCUCUCCUUGUGACUGCCCUUCCUUCAUCUCCGUUCGACAGGCGUGCAAGCAUCUCAGUAACAAGCACGGACAACCUUGUCAAGUAUGCCAACUACGCCGAUGCCGCAUAUGCUGAUGUCAAAGUCGAUACAUGGAGCUGCAGUGGUGCAUGCAAAACAAAUGCAACUGCUGGCACCACUGUUUACGCAACAUGGAACUACCCAAAGGUAGCCAGUACAGGCUACAUGGCAUACAAUCACAAAAACGAGGAAAUCAUUGUCGCAUACCGCGGCACCAAAACGCCUCAGGGCUGGAUCACCAACGUCAAAUACUUCAAGGACGAUUGGCCAUCGGGCGUGGAGGACUCCGAGGUACACCAGGGGUUCCUAAAGGCAUACAAAGCGUCACAGUCGUUCGUAAGCAAGUCGCUGAGCGCGCUGACAGAGUCACUGCCUACGUAUAAGAUCAUCUUUGUUGGGCACUCUUUGGGUGGUGCGCUUGCUUCGCUGAAUGCUGCCGAUGUCGCACAGAAUGCCCCAAGCAGAAUCAAGCAGAUGCAGCUGUUCACAUACGGUCAGCCGCGAGUUGGCAACAAGGAGUUCGCUACAUGGAUGAGCAAUCGCGGCUUCCCGAUAUACCGUGUCACCUACAAGCAGGAUAUCGUGCCCCAUCUCCCUCCUCAGCUUUUCGGAUUCAAGCAUUUCAACCAAGAAGUGUGGUACCAGCUAUCGGGUGAGCCCAAGUGGUGUGGCAGUACCACUGAGAACAAACAGUGCCAGAACAGUGUCGAUGCUGACGAUUACAGCACAGACGACCAUUCCAAAUAUCCUGGUCUGUAGACAGUGUUAAUAUAUGCAACUACC